AUGAACAGAUUAAACGAUAAGAUAAGUCAAUUACGAGAGAUCGCCGAAUCAAACCAAUCGUCCUAUUACGAAUUACAACAGGUAUGGACAGCUAAGACGCAUGAAACCACCGAGAGAGAAUAUACCAUUAAGGCGUUACAAACUCAGAAUCAAUUCUUACAACGGCGAUUUGAUCAACUUCAGAAUACUGCAAAUGAUGCUAAACAACAAUUGGCUCAUGAUUCUGAUAGAAUUGAUUUGAAUGAAGCUCGGAUUAGUGAAUUAACUAAGAAGAUAGAAUCUAUUGAACAGGAGUAUGAUGAACUUCAGCUUAAGUAUAUACAAGUUGAAGAAGAAUUAAGAGCCAUCCAUCAAGUCUUAGAUGGAGCCGUUUAG